GAUUUCCGCCGUGACGUCACGAAAAGUCACGUGACACGACUGGUUGGCAAAAGUGGUUGUUUACAAAAUGGCUUCCCAUUGAUUGAAAAGAACGGCGUUUCAUCCGAAUUAAGAUGGUUGUCUCGUGUUGGGUGAUUAACUGUGCAAACAGAUUUGACAAAGCAGACCCUAAGAGUUUUUAUAGAAUACCUAAGAAGCCUGAUCAGCGCAGGGAACUGUGGAUUAAAGCAAUCAAGCGAGUGACCAACGACGGUCAACCCUGGAUCCCCUCUGACCAUGAUCGAGUUUGCUAUCUGCAUUUCAUUCAGGGUGAGAAGAGCAGUGACAAACACAGUCCUGAUUAUGUCCCUUCUGUGAACAUGGGUUAUAAAGUUUCUCAAGUGAGAGGAGAUCUCCGCUUUGCCAGACACAAAAGGGUUGAUAAUAGGACAGCUGAGAAGGAGAAGCGAGAUGUAGCUGCUGCUCUGUUAGAUUUGUCAAACAAAGAAAAUGCACCUGAACCUGAAGAACCUCAGCCAUAUGUUGACUGCCAUGAGACAUGUAUAAAGAAAAUAGCAGAUCUUCGCAUCGAAAAUCAGCAACUUCAUGGUGAACUUGCUAGGCUUCAAGCUGAAAAUGAAGAGCUGCUAAAGAGAACUUCCACUAUGGAUUUUGCAGACCAAGUGCUAAUGACAGACCGGAAAACUUCAUUUUACACUGGGACAUCUUCAGCUGUGUUUAUGUGGUUACUCUCAUUCUGUUCUUGUAUUCUGCCCACAUGUAAAGUUUUGACUCCAAAGAGCAUACUUUUGUGUUUACUAAUGAAGUUGAGACUUAAUCUUCAGCACCAAGAUUUGGCCUACCGCUUUAAUGUGUCCGUCACCACAAUAUCGGAAGUAAUGAACCAAGGCCUGCCAAAACUUGCAGAAAAAUUUGCUUUCCUAAUUCAAUGGCCAGACAAAGAGAGUUUGAUAAGGAGCAUGCCAAGUGUAUUUAAGAAAAUCUAUCCGAAAUGUGUCAGUAUCAUUGAUUGCUUUGAAGUGUUCAUCCAGAGGCCUGGACAGUUAACAGCUCGAUGCCAAACAUGGUCAAACUAUAAACAUAAUAACACCGUGAAAUUUCUAGUCUCAAUAGCGCCUACUGGUGCUAUCACAUAUGUGUCUAAAGCCUAUGGUGGAAGGACAUCUAACAAAGUUAUCACCCAGAGAAGUGGAUAUUUAGACAAACUUGUGCAUGGGGAUCAAGUAUUGGCAGACAGAGGAUUUUUAAUCUCGGAAGAUGUAACAAGUCGCAAUGCCUCACUGGUUAUUCCUGCUUUCACCAAAGGGAAAUCACAGUUAAGUGCUAAGGAGGUUGAACAAACACGCAAAAUUGCUCAUGUGCGCAUUCAUGUUGAACGGGCAAUAGGGAGACUAAAAAAUUACAAUAUUCUGAGCAGUUCAUUGAGUAUGCACAUGGUUCCUCACAUUGACAGCAUUGUAACUAUAUGUUCAUCUCUUUGUAAUUUGCAACCAAAGCUAGUUACAUAGUGUAUAUAUGUGCAUGUGGCCUUUUACCUUUGAUGAAUGUUAUUGUAUAGAGGCAUGUACAUAGCCUUCAAUUUGGACUGAAUUAUUCCAGAUAGAUACAUGUAAAAUGCAACAGAACAUUGACCAAUAUAUAUGUUUGCUCUCAUGUAAAAGAUUUUUUUGUGCAUGUGAUGUGAAUUAAAUUUGAUUAAU